CUUGGAACAGCUGAGUUGAAUGCAGGGGUGGGGGAACUGAAAUGACAAUAGAGGUUACUAGGUAUAUACAUUAUGUUAUUGCGAAUUUGUACAUAGACGGAGAGACUCGGGGACAGAGUCGGACCACUUAAAAGGUGCCGGACUGAGGAUUUUGCUUCCCACUCAUCAAUGGCUUUUGAAGAUGGAAGACACCUUGGAUAUGGCACUAGCAGAGAUCAACAGCCAAGACAUGCAAGGUGGUCGGGAAGUGCGGUGUACUUGGCUGUGAACAGCGAACUGCAGUGUGCAGUCAGAACUCUGUUGAUGACGCCGCUACUAGUAGAGCGAUCAAUAAACGGGCACUCGGCUGCGAUACACCUACAGGGCCAUGAGUGCGGAUUGACACUUACUUGGUACCGAUCUUGCGAACUGAACCGAGAACUGAAGACGGAAAUGUCUUUGAAGUGCCUGCAUGUGUACUUCUACUGCGCCAUGAAUCCCAUGGCAUUGGAUCACUGCACUCCAAGCAGCACGGACAGGCUCAUCAAGAACUGCAGUGAACUACGAACAUCAAAUUGCGGCAAGAGCUCUUCCAUGACCACUACUGAAGUAGAGUGGAUCUACUCGGCUGGAUAUUGUGCUAUCUGGACGGUGGUUAAGCUGCUCGCUAUACUCCAGUCUUACUGUGAGCUCUUGCUUCUCAAUGCCGAAUGA